ACUUUCGUCAAAAUCACCCGCUCAAACCAAAAAAAAAAAAAAUCCCCAAUUCGAAACGCGAUUCGUCAGCCGUCGCCAUGGUCGCCGCCGCCGUCGGCGAGGCGACCCCUCCGCCGGGCGGGCCACCCUCCCGCGUGUCCGUGUCCUCUUCUUCGUCCACCCCGCGGCGCCGGUGCGCCGCCCUCACGAGCCGCUUCCGCGAGCCGGCGAGCCCGCGGCGGCACGCGUGGGUGUCGCUGCAGGGCCGCCUCGUCGGCGCCGAGGAGGCGACGUCCGCCGCCUCGGCCGCGCCGGGGCUCCCUCCGGAUGAGGCGGUGGCGUGGGAGCUCUUCAGCCCGCUCCACCGCGUGCUCCUGGUCGCCACCGUCGCGGCUGCCUCCUCCCGCUCCCACGAGGCCCGCCGCGUCGAGCAACUCCAGCGAUCGAUUCAUAUUAGGGAUGAGGUGCUUCAAAGCAUGCAGCAGAAGCUUGAUGAUCUGUUUGACGAGAUGAACUCCCUGCAACAGCAGUAUGUCAAGUGCAACACCUUCAUUUCCUCGGAGCAGGGAAAAUCUGAGUUGGUGGGUAGCAAGAAGGUAGGAGAUUAUGACGGAGCUAGAUGCUGUGCGUGUGCAAAGCCAGAGAUUGCUGCUACUCCUCACAAGACAAAGGAUAUCUGUGGAAUGGACGAUGCAAAAUCUGAUGUUGUUGAUAGGUCCAGCGUGAGUCAUAUGGACCAUGAAGAGCGCCGAAUGUCAGACCUCUCAGACUUUUGCUGGAGUGUUGUGUCAUCGGUGGAUAAUCAUGUAAAUGGGGACAAUCAGCUAAGUUCCCUGGCGGCAGAACAGGAAUUGUACAACCUUCAGAAAGAAUGCGAAGAGAAGGAUGCAAUCAUAAAGGAACUGGCUGCAACUGCACAUACAUCUAGCACUGCUGAUGCCAAGAGAAUAGCAGAGCUGCAAGAAAUUCUUAAAAGAAAAAACAUGGUGAUAUCUAAACUGAAGAAGGACAUGUCAGCUUUAAAGCAGAUGGUUGUUGAAUUAACAAGGGCUAAAAGAACAUCUUCUGUCAAUUUAAGUACUAGCUGCUCUGAACUGCCAGUGAUGUCAAGUAAUGUUCUUUAUGAUAUGAGCAGCACUAGCCCAUCAUCAUCGGAUUCUGAGUCUCCUGUAGCACCAAGAGAAUACCUUGAUGAUCAUCUUAAGGUUGAUGAUGGCAUUGCUGGAGACUCUGAAUACAAGGGUAGUUCUAGAUUCUCAAUGGAAAGCGCAUGUUUUCCCACAAAAAACUCAUCAGCUGGCAAGCUUCGGUCGACUAGUCCAUUAAAAGAGAACCGUAUAGAUCCGAAUGUUGAAACAAGUUUGGUCGGUAGACAGAAGCAACGUAUAUCCACCAAUGGAGACUUUAAAAGGACUAGACGGCAAAGCCAGCAAGACUCAAGGAACAGAGCUACAAAGAGAUGGAUGUAGAGUUUAGACUGCAGUUAUUACCAAUUACAGAGCAGGAAGAGACGAAAUUGGUAGCUUCAUCCUGGCUCCUGCUGUUUCUGUAAACAAAAAAUAUCGAUGCAAGUUGCUACAUACUUUAUUUAUGUCUAUGAUGAAACCGACCAAUUCAAGCUGUUCAUCUUCGUCAUUGGUAUCUGCUCCGAUGUAUAAUAUGCCAUUUGGAUCUGCACAGUCAGCGUCUCUCUGCUCUUGAAUCUAUCGCUCUUUUUUAAUUAGUGGCUUAAUUUAUCAAACGGAAUCCAGCAGUUCAUACGUGCACAUUUUUCCUAUAUUACUUGUUUACCAGGUACACAAAAAAUUCUUCAUACGAGUUGCCAGAUGGUUAGAUAUAUAUACUCCUGGAUUCUGUCCAUCAGGAGCUCCUGAUUCUUUUUCUUCCAGUAGUACAACUUAUGUGCCUAUGUAUUUGCAAUUUGUCGCACAAUUUGAUACCUGGAUUGCUUGCCGCUGGCGGGCUCUGCAUAUGCCAUUGCUUCCAAGCUUCAUCAUCGUUUA